AGCUGAAAAGACUCACGCAGCCCAGCCAGGAGACGUCAAAUUGCCGUGGAAAUUACACAACACUCGCAGACUCGUCCUCUGAAGAGAUGGCCUCCAAUUCAUCCAUUAUCCCACUGCUUCUUCCAGAAGAUGAGCUAUUGUGCCCUAUCUGCCAGACGCUCCUGAAGAAUCCUGUGACUAUACCAUGUGGGCACAACUUUUGUAUGACCUGCAUCAGCAAACACUGGAAAUUAGCCUUUGCAUCCAUUUUCUGCCCCUACUGCCGCAGAGAGUUCCCCUCAAAGCCGGUCCUAAAGACCAACACUGUUCUCUGUGCAAUCAUGGAGCAUGUUGGGAAGGUGUUUCCAACGUCUGAGAUUGUCUUGGUUCCAGAUGAAAAACCUAUCUGUAACAUCUGUGAGGAGGGAAGGGAGCUAUCAGCAGUCAAGACCUGUGUGACAUGCCUGGCUAGCUUUUGCAGUGUGCACGCCACACCCCAUACGACUAGCCAAGCGCUAGCCAAACACUGCAUGUGCACACCGGUUUCAGACAUCAAGGAUCUGCUGUGUAAGAAGCACAGCAAAGUGCUUGAGGUGUUCUGCAUGAACCAUGGGGCUGCCAUCUGUUGGCAGUGUACAGCAAAGCACCCCAAGUGCAACAUUUGCUCAGUGGAAGAAAUGAGGACAGACUGGAAGGCUGCAAUCGAGCCAGUGGCAACAGAAGCUCAGGACAGAAAGAAGGCCACUAGUGAACUCUUGGAAGCUCUGAAUACUAUGUCAGAGGGCAUAAAGAAUGCUGCAGUAAAGAUGACUGAAGAUAUGCAGCUCUGCUUUGAAGCACUGAUGAACACCAUUAACCAUGCCCAGGACAGAGCCAUAUCCUUUAUAGAAGCAGAGAAGAUGGAGGCUCUCCAAAAAACAGAAAAGCAGAAGGAACGGUUGGAUGAUCAUUUGCUUUCCAUAUCACUGCUCAUGGAUAAGAUUGAUGAGUGCAUAAACAAUGAUUCGUACUUCAACUUUCUUCUGCCUCUACCACUACUGCCUGCAGAGGUUGGUCAACUGCAGGAUGUUCAACUGGAUGGUCAAGCUGUGGAGAGGAUGAUAUUAGAUAUUCAACAACUUAACAGUAGUCUGGAAUCUCAGCUCAGCACCAUGCUGCAGAGAAGAGAGGAAAUAUGAGAGAAAGGCAAGGCAACUGUAGGGUCCUGAACAAUUAAUAUAGUUCAAGCAUGCAGCUGGCGGGCCAGGACCAGAAUGUACAAUUGAAAGAUUUGGAAAAAAGCUUUCUCUGUUAUUCCACUAGGGGGCAAAAUAGGCCAAUAACGUAUGGGACAUACACUCUGCUACUGACAGAAUAUGCUAAUGAUAUGUAAUUCUUUAGCUAAAUAAAAAAAAAAAAAUGCUUUUACCAAAACAACGAGUUUAGUGGUUUCACAGCAAUUUGGGUUAACAUAUAUAUUAGAGAGAGAGAAAUUUGCAGCAUGGACGUGCACCUGAAACAUCUGCAGGGAUUGCAUGAUACAAUCAUGUCAACAUGGACCAGAAUCUCAAAGGAAUGUUCCCAACACCUUGUGGAAUACAUGAAUUGAGGCUGCUGUGAAAGCAAAGAGAAGCCCUACCCAAUAUU